GUACAGAUAAAUGAAAAGAAUAAUUCAGAUGGAGUAAACAAAGACAUCAAGCAGGGAGUUGUGAACAAGCUUAAAGUCUUUAGAAGCAAAAGAACUGGUGGAUGGUAUUCAGCAUUUCAUUGUUUAGUAAACCAAGGACUUGUAACACUAUCAUUUUUUGGUGUUGGUGUGAAUUUGGUGUUAUUUUUAACAAGAGUUUUGGGACAAGAUAAUGCUACUGCUGCUAAUAAUGUUAGCAAAUGGACUGGAACUGUUUAUUUGUGUUCACUUUUGGGAGCUUUUAUAAGUGAUUCUUAUUGGGGAAGGUUCAUCACAUGUGCCAUUUUUCAACUUAUUCUCAUCCUGGGACUUGUGAUCAUAUCAUUGACAUCUUGGCUAUUCUUGAUUAAACCAAAUGGAUGUGGAGAUGGUAUACAAAAUUGUGUAGCCCCAUCAUCUAUUGGCACUUCAUUAUUUUACUUAGCCAUAUACUUAGUGGCUUUAGGCUAUGGUGGUCAUCAACCUACAAUUGCAACAUUUGGAUCAGACCAAUUUGAUGAAGCAAAUCCUAAAGGAAAAAUCUCAAAAGCUGCCUAUUUUGGCUAUUUUUACUUUGCAUUAAAUGCUGGAUCUUUAAUUUCAAAUACAAUUUUGGUAUAUUAUGAAGAUGGUGGUAAAUGGACACUUGGUUUUUGGGCCUCUACUGCUUCUGGGCUUUUGGGCCUAUUUGUUUUCUUAUUGGGUACUCCUGGAUAUAGAUAUGUUAAGUCAUUUGGGAACCCGUUGCCACGUGUCGGUCAGGUAUUCGUUGCCGCGUUCCGAAAAUGGAGAGUGCCUAAUGUUGAUGAGACAGAGUUGUAUGAAUUGAAUGGGACAGAAUCAUCCAUUAAAGGAACAAGGAAGAUACUCCAUAGUAAUGAUUUCGAGAAACUAGACAAGGCAGCAAUAGUGACAGAUGAAGAUAGGCAAAGGCCAGUGAUUAAUCCAUGGAGGCUAUGCACAAUAACACAAGUUGAAGAAGCAAAGUGCAUACUGAGAAUGUUUCCAAUUUGGCUAUGCACCAUAAUGUACUCAGUCAUCUUUACACAAAUGGCCUCUUUAUUUGUUGAGCAAGGUGAAGUCAUGGAUGCCACAAUUGGGAAUUUCCACCUACCAGCAGCUAGCAUGUCAGCAUUCGACAUAUGUAGCGUGCUAACGUGCACGUUUCUCUACAGGUUCAUGGUGGUUCCAUUAGCCGGAAAGAUAAGUGGGAAUCCAAAAGGAUUGUCUGAGCUCCAGAGGAUGGGAGUUGGACUAAUCAUCGGUAUGUUAUCAAUGGUUGCAGCCGGUGUAACAGAAAUUUUUAGGUUAAGAAGAGUUAUCCCCGGAAAUGAAACAAGUUCACUAAGUAUUUUUUGGCAAAUUCCACAAUACAUACUUGUUGGUGCCUCAGAGGUAUUUAUGUAUGUUGGACAACUUGAAUUUUUCAAUGGACAAGCACCUGAUGGGAUAAAAAGCCUAGGAAGUUCACUUUGUAUGGCAUCAAUGUCACUUGGAAAUUAUGUUAGUAGUAUGCUUGUCAACAUGGUUAUGCAUUUCACAGCAAAAGGGACUAGACAUGGUUGGAUACCUGAAAAUUUAAAUAAUGGCCACAUUGAUAGGUUUUACUUCUUGUUAUUUGGUUUGGCAUUGGUUGAUUUGGUUGCAUUUGUGUUCUUUGCUAAGUGGUACAAAGGAAUCAACAUUGAAGAUAGCAAUCAUGGGGAAAAAGAGAUUGAUCAAGUUCUUGAAAAAGUUUAGAGUGGCUAUUUUUUAAAGAAUUUAGAGUAAUGUGGUUUAUUUUAGUGAAAAAAAAAAAGCAUGACCCUUAAAUGUGAUGAUUUUAAAGGGCAUGAUUGCUUCUAGUUUUCUAUUUAUAAAAUAAUUGUUUA